GAGCUCCUUGACUGCUUCAGUUUCCCAUUUUUGGCAUGAAUUUGGAAAUGACUUUCGAUGACAGGAUGAAGCCCGCGACUGACCAGCCUGAUCAGAAAUCACUUGGCAAGAAGGCUAAAGGCUUGCAUCUUCUUUCCUCACAAUGGUGGUGCCCUGUUGCUACGACUCUGGCCAUCAUUUGCCUGGGGCUCUCAGUGAUCCUUAUUAUACAGUGGAAGCAAGUCCUCCAGGCAUCCAAUCUCCUGAAGCAAUACCAAGCAAACCUUACUCACCAAGACAGUGUCCUGGAAGGGCAAAUAUUAGCUCAGAAGGCAGCAGAAAACUCUUCCCAGCAGUCACAGCGAGAACUGAGAGAAAUGAUAGACACGCUCACCCGGAAGCUGAAGGAGAAAUCCAGGGAGCAGGAGGAGCUUCUGCAGCAGAACCAGAGCCUGCAAGACACCCUGCAGAGAGCAGCCAACUCCUCAGAGGAGUCACAGCGAGAACUGAAGGAAAUGAUAGACACGCUCACCCGGAAGCUGAAGGAGAAAUCCAGGGAGCAGGAGGAGCUUCUGCAGCAGAACCAGAGCCUCCAAGACGCCCUGCAGAGAGCAGCUAACACCUCAGAGGAGUCACAGCGAGAACUGAAGGAAAUGAUAGACACGCUCACCCAGAAGCUGAAGGAGAAAUCCAGAGAGCAGGAGGAGCUUCUGCAGCAGAACCAGAGCCUCCAAGAUGCCCUGCAGAGAGCAGCCAACACCUCAGGUCCUUGUCCGCAAGACUGGACCUGGCAUCAAGAAAACUGUUACCUGUUGGCUGGGCCGCGUAACUGGGCAAAUAGUCAGAAGAACUGUCUGUCUUUGGAUGCCAAGUUGCUACAUAUUAAUAGCACAGAUGACCUGCAAUUUGUCAUACAAGCAACCUCUCACUCCACCGCCCCAUUCUGGAUGGGAUUGCAUCGGAAGACAGCCAACCAGCCGUGGCUCUGGGAGAAUGGCUCCCCUUUGAGUCUUAAAAUAUUUAAGAUCAGGGGUGUUUCUUUCCAGAUGUAUCCAGCAGGCACCUGUGCAUAUAUUCAACAGGGGUCUGUGUUUGCUGAAAACUGCAUUUUAACUGCAUUUAGCAUAUGCCAGAAGAAGGCAAAUCUACUGCCAAUGCAGCGAAUCUAAAGAUCCUGGAG